GUAGCCCGGCUCUUAAACCGCCGCUGUUCACUCACGGAUCCAACAAGUUAGCUUCUCCCUGCGAGACCGACACAACCCUGUAGUCUUAAAACGAUUCAUUUUCACGGUUAUGAAGCAGUGAUGACCUGUUUUCGUCCUGGUCUUGAGAUGGUCUGGUCGUGGCUCAGAGGAACCAGGGACUGAAGAGACUGAUAGAAGAAUGGACAAGAGCUUCUGGAGCGUCUUCACAGGAGUCUUUUCCACUUCAGUGCUGUACGGCUCUUUGGCCCUGUUCAUCUCUAUACUGCACAAUGUCUUUCUAUUGUACUACGUGGAAACUUUUGUAUCAGUCUACAAGAUUGAUAAAGUGUCCUUCUGGGUGGGAGAGGCAGUUUUCUUGAUAUGGAACAGUGUAAAUGACCCACUCUUUGGCUGGUUGAGUGACCACUCUUUCCUUAGCUCUCCCCAGUCCGGCUCCCAGAUAACAUCCCCUGAAGUCGUUUUAAAGCGCCUCAAAGCCCUCUCCAGAAAUGGCCCUCUGUUCGCCCUAUCCUUUUUGGCGUUCUGGGUUUCAUGGGCCCGACCCGGUCUCCAGUUCUUGCUCUGCUUGUGCCUUUACGACGGCUUCCUCACUAUGGUCGACCUCCAUCACAGCGCCCUCUUAGCCGACCUGGCCGUGUCCACCUCCGACCGGAAUCGACUGAAUUUCCACUGCUCUGUUUUUAGUGCGCUCGGGUCCAUGUCUGUGUUCCUGUCUUAUUCCUUCUGGGACAAAGAAGACUUCUACUCUUUCAGACUUUUUUGUGUGGCCUUGGCAACGUUUUCUGUCCUGGGAUUUUUCUUUGUGUCCCGAUUACUGCGUCACCGUUUUCAAAGUGAAAUCCGACUGAGACAAGAUGAGACCCAAAUGCUAAAAGAGUUAAAUGUGAAUUCUCCCCAUAGCCAGUCAGAGAAACCUGUUACUGUUGGACAAUACUUGAAGCAGCUUUCCAAGCACAAAAACUUGUUGUGGUUUGUGUCGAUGAACCUUAUUCAGGUUUUUCACUGCCAUUUCAACAGUAACUUCUUCCCUCUUUUCUUGGAGCACCUUUUAUCUGAUAAUAUAUCUGCUUCAACAGGUUCAAUAUUACUUGGCAUCUCUUACAUUGCCCCCCAUCUGAACAACUUGUAUUUCCUGACCCUGUGCCAGCGCUAUGGGGUUUACCAGGUUAUUCGCUGGCUGUUUAUGCUCAAACUGGGACUUAGCCUGGCUAUGCUGCUAGCAGGGGCUGACCACAUAUACCUACUCUGCAUCUUUAUUGCUAGUAACCGCGUGUUUACAGAGGGAACAUGUAAGCUGUUGAAGCUGGUCAUCUCAGAUCUGGUGGAUGAAGACUUUGUUAUUCACAGACGGCAGCAGGCCACCUCCGCCCUCCUCUUUGGGAUGGUGGCGCUGUUGACCAAACCUGGACAGACGUUUGCUCCUCUCAUUGGCACCUGGCUACUUUGUGUUUACACAGGUUAUGACAUUUUCCAGAGGCAUCCAGAGCAGGACUCAGCGGCCUCAAUACCUGAAGUUGCCUCCGCUCCCGGGACGCCCCCUCUGCGGAUCGGCUGUUUUUACAUGUUGGUAUUUGUGCCUAUCACCUGUGCCCUUCUCCAGCUCACUGCCUGGUCACGCUUCACCCUCCACGGACGAAAGCUUCAAGGAAUAAAGACUUUAAGACAAGGAGCACAGCACGGCCACCUAAUUGAUGUCAAAGCUAUUUAAACACCAAACUAGCAGAGUCGAAAUUGCACAUAGACACUUUUAAAAUGUUUCUUUCAGCAUUUUAUCAGAUAUUAACUUAUAAAAAACACCCUUAGAAUGAUAACUCAACUGUACUCCAGAAUACAGAAACCUGCCUUAGUUUUGAUACUAAAUAUUGAAUUAUAUUUAUAUUUGAGAAGUUGACCAAAAUACUUGUACAAUCAUAUUUGGACCAAGUUGUUGUAGGAUGGGCUUUAAAAAAUUACAAUUUUUGAACAUUAGAACAUUAGAAUGCCCUCAAUUCUUUUGUCUGUGAAGAUUUUUCUGUUGAGAUGACAUAGCAUGAAAUAGGGCCUAGCAGGGAAUUAAUGUUUUACUAUUUAUUUACAUUAACACCUCGAGUUUCUAUGGUAACAAUUGUGUUUUUGUAUCUUCGUCCAGUAUUGGUCAUGUUGUUUGCACACCACUGCCAUCUGUGAUACUUAUUUUUUACAUAUGUGAUAUUUUAUAAUGUAAUGACUAUUCUUUUUAUUUUUGCAUAUUUUAUUACAAUCAUGAUGUCUUAAUAAACAUUUAGCAAUCUUU